AUGUGCAUUGAAUGUGGAAGAUUUUUCCGUACAAUACAAAACCUCAGAAGUCAUGAGAAUGUUCACAGGAGGGAAAAAAGGUUCAAAUGUUUAGAAUGUGGGAAAGAAUUUGGUCGUUCAUCAACCCUUAGAGUUCACUGCAAAACUCAUACGGGUGAGAAAUGCUACAAAUGCUCAGUGUGUGAGAAAUCUUUCACCCAGAAAGGUACACUUCGGAAGCAUCAGGGAAUCCACUUAGAGAAGAAAUAUAAAUGUCCGGAGUGUGAAAAAACUUUUCAUUGCAAAUAUUAUCUUAGAAAACAUGAGAGGCUUCACAAAGGAGAGAAGCCUUUCCAGUGUGUGCAGAAAAAUGAAAAGUGCCCAAAAUGCGGGAGAUGUUUUGCCAGAAAGUCAUACCUAAUUCAACAUCAGAGAAUUCACACUGGGGAAAAACCCUAUCAGUGCCCAGAAUGUGGGAAAUUUUUUGGCUCCAAGUCAAACCUAGGUCAACAUCAGAGACGUCACACCGGAGAAAGACCCCAUCAGUGCCCAGAAUGUGGGAGAUCUUUCGGCUACAAGUCACACCUGAUUCGACAUCAGAGACUUCACACUGGAGACACACCCUAUCAAUGCCCACAAUGUGAGAAACGAUUUGUGGAGUCUGCUGGACUUCGGAGACAUCAGAAGAAGCACACAGGAAAGUCGCCCUAUAAAUGUGGGAAGUGA